CAUCCAGCAAGUUGAAGAAGACACCGAAACAACCGAAUACCUACAGGCCUUCCACCAAAUCAAGCAAACCGCAGAGACGUGCGAAAGUCUUGCAAGUACCAUUGAGUCUAUGUCCAAGGCAGUCAAUAGAGAAAGCGGCUCCGCGCAAAAGACGGCCCGCUACGUGGCCUUGGUGGAGCAGAAUGAUGGGCAGGGUCUAGAGAAGCUGAUGGAAGACAUGUUGAACCAGAUGGUUGAUGUCGCGAAACCACCAUUUGUGGCCGAAGAGCUUGUAAUCGAGUUAAAUGAGGCGCUGGCUGAGGUAAAGAAGUUACCAAGAUCGUUGGCGAAGAAGCAGGGGGGAUCGAUUGUGCUGAAUAAUUAUGGUGACAGAGUUCAGUUCCAGCAUAGCGGAACGGGGUCUCAGAAUCACAGCACUGGAGGUUUGAUGGUCACCGGCCAGAACCAUGGCGCAACAUACAAUCAUGGGAAAGUCUAAAAGCCUGACGAGACGAGGGAUCAGAAGCGGAUGAGAGGGUAAGUUGCUGGAGCCGUGAUGGUCAUUGUUCCUACGGUACGGAUAAGAUAGUUCGCUUCAUACAAGAC